CAGAGGGGACAGAUAGCGGGAAACACUCAGAUGAAAAGAGAAUAAAAAUAAAACAAACUCUUCUUCGUCUGUGUUUUAUAACAUGGCGGGCUCCUCUAACACCUCUCUGUCCCGGACCUCCAGCCCGCCCACCGGCCCUGUCUUCCACUCCGACCCGCCUUACAGCGCUCCCGACCCGGCCAGCUCUCCGCGCCUCCCCGCUGCUCGCCUGUCCGGAGCUUUCCUGAGCGGCGCGGCGGCAGGCGGCGGGAGCGGCAGAGUCCCUGUCAGUGUGAACGGGAGGAGCGGCGGGGGAGGCGGCGGAGGCAGCGGCGGCGGGGCUCCUCCGCACACCGAGUGUAAGAUGGUGGAAGUUCACGGCGUGAAGGUGGCGUCGUUCACGGUGAACGGCGUGGAGCUGAUCUGCCUCCCGCAGGUGUUCGAGCUCUUCCUGAAGCACCUGGUGGGCGGACUGCACACCGUCUACACCAAGCUGAAGCGGCUGGACAUCAGCCCGGUGGUCUGCACCGUGGAGCAGGUGCGCGUCCUGCGGGGGCUCGGAGCCAUCCAGCCCGGAGUCAACCGCUGCAAGCUCAUCACCAGAGCCGACUUCGAGACGCUGUACCGGGACUGCACCAACGCCAGCUCUCGACCGGGCCGUCCUCCGAAGAGGACUCUGGGCGUGGCCACGAUGACUGACGGCUCCAGACUCCUCCCACACGGCCUGCUAAGCCCCGCCCUGCUGUCUCAGACAGGUCUGACGGCAGCGGCGAUGGCCGAGGCGAUGAAGCUACAGAAGAUGAGGAUGAUGAUGGGUUUCCAUGGCAACAGUGAUCAGCAUCGGCAGCACAACGGCACUGAGUCAGGGAAUGAUGACACGGGAGGCAGUGAAGCGUCCUCCUCGGUCGUAGCGUCUCUUGCUGGCUCAACGUCGCUCCAUAUCAACACUCUGCAGCAACACAGCACCCUAUUGGCCAACCGUCUGUCAGAGCUUCCUUUUAUGGUCACGCCGCACCCCCUGCUCCCUGUGGGCCUGCCUCCCGCCAGCGUUGCCAUGGCAAUGAACCAGAUGAGUCAGCUAAGCAGUUUGGCAAACAUGGCCGCCAUGUCGCAGCUUCCAACAGAUGAGAGCAAGGAGUCUCCUGCAGGAAGUCCCUCCCCUUGCCCCUCUCCCAGCGAUGACGAGUUCCAUCCCCAGGAACCAACCAGCCAAUCACCUUCCAGGGCAUCUUCAUCAUCAUCUUCAUCACCUCCUCGAGCACACACACUGGACCUCGAUGACAGCUUGAUGCCCCUCCCCCUCCUCAAACCAGCCUAUGAGAAGUUGCCGCUCACCUCUUCGCCGCUGUCAACUCCUGCAAACCCCGCCUUCACUCCCUUCUUAUUGGCUGAGGGACUGUCAUCCAUGGAGACGCUGCUGACCAACAUACAGGGUCUCCUGAAGGUGGCGGUAGAAAGCGCUCGUUCUCAGGACAAAAACAACCAGCAGGAGAGAAAAGAGUUAAAAUUGGAGCUGGAGAGAGAGAGAGAUGCCCGACAGACGCUGCAGAGACAGCUGAGCUCCGAGCUGCAGACCAGAGUGUCGAUACAGCGGCGGCUGAAGAAGGAGAAGAAGGCGAAGAGGAAGCUGCAGGAGGCGCUGGACUUUGAGUCAAGGAGAAGGGAGCAGGUGGAGCGAGCGAUCAAACACUCUGACUCAGAUGCAGCGACUCCUGAGAGCGAGCUGGAGAACAGACAGCAGGAAAACUCUGCAGAAAACCGAACGUUCACCAAACCACCAAUCCUCUUCUGAUGAACUGAUGAACUGAUGGACUGAUGGAGGGAUGAACUGAUGAACUGAUGACGAAUAAAAAAUGAGGACAAAAUUUUGAACUAAACAACUCAAACUCCCAUCAGCCACUUUUCUUCCUGCUUCCUGUUUUUAAGAUUUGUUAUUAUUAUUAAUAAUAUUAAUGUUAUGAUAAUUAUUAUUAAAGCGAGCAGAGCGUCGUGGACGCCUGGAGGGGGAGGAGUUUAACCUGAACUCACUUUUAUAAACUUAUAUUAUUAUAUUGUUUUCUUCCUUUCGUUAGUUUAAACUGAUUGUUGUACUGUUACUACAGGCAGCAGUACUUGGUUUAGUAGUUGAAGUACUUUGUUAAAAAAUAACAUGAACGCAGCUUCAGCGUCUGGAUGCGAAUGUGCUGUUUGUCAUGAAACCUGUCAAUCAUCAAACUCCUGACGUCCGUCACAAUCAGAACAAAUCAUCAUUUCAUACAAAUCUGAAACUCAUGAUGCUGGAAAAGUGGAAUUUCAUUCAGGAAACGUGAAGCUACUUUUGUCUUCAGUGGCUGCUGGUCCACACCCUGGUCUGUCCCUGGUCCGUCCCUGGUCAGUCC